ACAAAUUAAUAGAAAAUUUUAGCCAAAACGGCACCGUAUAAACCUGGUCAUCACCCUCCCUACUGUAUAAAACUUUUCAGCAGUUUUAAGUUAUUUCCGUCAGCGUAGACAGUAGAAAGAGGCAUGCUCCAUGUAUGGUUCAAGCCAACUAAAACUGAACCAACAUGUCUUAGGAAUGCUGGAAAAAUGCAAUCAUCUCAACCAUCUAAAGCAACUCCAAUCCUUCCUCAUAACCCAGGGCCACUCCCGAACUCAGUUCUACAUUUUCAAGCUGGUUCGCUUUUGCACACUCAAGAUUUUCAACUUCUGCUAUGCUCGCUUACUCUUCGAUCAUCUUUAUGCUCCCAAUAUUUACUUAUACACUGCUAUGAUUACUGCAUAUGCCUCUCACCCCAACCACCAUACUUCCGCUUUUGCUCUUUACCGUCACAUGCUUUGCAAAGGCAAGCCAACUCCCAACCAUUUUAUCUACCCUCAUGUCUUAAAAUCAGCCCCUGAGGUUCUGGAGUCUCAUGGCACACAACUGAUUCAUUCCCAGAUUUUUAAAUCGGGUUUUGGAGAAUACCCAGUUGUUCAAACGGCUCUGGUUGAUUCGUAUAUGAGAACGGGUUCGAGCAUUGGGAUUGCAAGGGAUUUGUUUGAUGAAAUGGCUGAGAGGAAUGUUGUGUCUUGGACUGCUAUGGUUUCUGGGUAUAUGAGGGUAGGGGAUGUUGGGAAGGCUCUUUUGCUUUUCGAGGAGAUGCCUAAUAGAGAUGUUCCUUCCUGGAAUGCUGUCAUUGCAGGGUGCACACAGAAUGGAUUGUUUUCUGAGGCUAUUUCACUCUUGAGAAGGAUGGUUAUGGGGGAGAAACAAGGAGUUCAUAGGCCUAAUCAGGUUACAGUGGUGUGUAGUCUGUCAGCUUGUGGACACAAUGUGAUGUUUCAGCUCGGUAAAUCGCUCCAUGGUUAUGUUUAUAGAAACGUUGUUGGUGAUGAUUGUUUAGUGGCUAAUGCUUUGAUAGAUAUGUAUGGUAAAUGUGGGAGCUUAGAAACGGCAAGAAGGAUUUUUGAAAUGAGUUCAAAGAAAAACUUAACAUCUUGGAACUCCAUAAUCAAUUGUUUUGCACUUCACGGACAAAGUGACAAGGCAAUUAGUCUGUUUGAGGAGAUGAUCAAGUGUAGAGCCGAGGACGUAAGACCAGAUGCUGUUACCUUUAUCGGCCUGUUGAACGCUUGUACACAUGGAGGAUUGGUUGAAAAAGGUCGUGCUUAUUUUGAGUUGAUGACUAGCAGUUACAAUAUUGAACCUCGGAUUGAGCACUAUGGUUGUUUAAUUGAUCUUCUUGGUAGAGCAGGUCAGUUUGACGAAGCACUGGAAGUCAUCAAUGGUAUGAAAAUGGAGCCUGAUGAGGUCGUUUGGGGCUCAUUGCUAAAUGGGUGUAAAAUAUAUGGUCACACGGAUUUGGCAGAGUUUGCAGUAAAAAAACUGAUUGAAAUUGACCCAAACAAUGGUGGUUAUGGUGUAAUGCUGGCAAAUUUAUAUGGAGAGUUAGGGAAAUGGGAUGAGGUUCGCAAAGUAAGGAAGAAGUUGAAGGAACAGAAUUCUUACAAGAUCCCAGGUUGCAGUUGGAUCGAGGUAGAUAGCCAAGUUCAUCAAUUCUAUUCUGUUGAUAAGACGCACCCUAGAACUGAUGAGAUAUACAAUAUCCUGGAAAGCGUGGUUGGUUUGUACUAAGCUCAUACUAGUUUGGUACUUUUGCCAGCCUUAGUCCAAAUUGUUUACUGUGGCUCAUGUGUUCUUUUAUUACUGACAAACUGUGGCUCAUAUGUUCAGAAGCCUGGAACAGCUCUAAUUGGAAUGUUUUGCCCAGAAGGCAGAGCUUGCUUAGCUGUUGCAGCACCUCAGUGGAACAUGUGAAACUGAAUGAUACUUCCAGCCUGCUUUUAACGGAAUUUACAGGAAAGAAUGAAACUGCCCUGCCAACUACUACUGCCAUGGUACAUGAUGUGCAAAUCAAACUGCUGAAGCUCUAGAGGUGCUAGGGUAAAGAGAGUUCAGAGCUGAAAUGACACCGUUUUUUUAAUGUUUCCGCCAACAUAUUUCUCAAAUAGAAAUGAGAAAUGGAGAACAAGAGCAAAAACUAAGAUUGUUUGUGUUAGCCACUUAUAGGGCUCUUUUUCGUUGUAUUCUUCUAACAAGAUAUACAAACUUUUUUACAUGGUUUAA